CGAGGACAGCGAGGCCGGGGUGCGGGCGGAGGAAGUGUGGUAGUUUCGCUUCCGGUUUUGUUAGGAAUUUUCCGCUUCCCCAGCUGAGACUCUCCGUAGCUGAAAAAAAUGAACCGAUUCUUCGGCAAAGCGAAGCCCAAGGCGCCGCCGCCUAGCCUGACCGACUGCAUCGGCACGGUUGAUAGCCGGGCAGAAUCAAUUGACAAGAAAAUUUCUAGACUUGAUGCAGAGCUAGUAAAGUAUAAAGAUCAGAUAAAAAAGAUGAGAGAAGGACCUGCAAAGAAUAUGGUAAAACAGAAAGCCUUGAGAGUGUUAAAGCAGAAACGAAUGUAUGAACAACAACGGGACAAUCUUUCACAACAGUCUUUUAAUAUGGAACAAGCAAAUUAUACCAUCCAGUCAUUGAAAGACACCAAAACAACGGUGGAUGCUAUGAAAUUAGGUGUAAAAGAAAUGAAGAAAGCAUACAAGCAAGUCAAAAUUGACCAGAUUGAGGAUAUACAAGACCAAUUAGAAGAUAUGAUGGAAGAUGCAAAUGAAAUCCAAGAAGCGCUGAGCCGGAGUUAUGGAACCCCAGAGAUUGAUGAAGAUGACUUAGAGGCGGAAUUGGAUGCACUUGGUGAUGAGCUCUUAGCUGAUGAAGACAGCUCUUACUUAGAUGAAGCAGCAUCUGCACCAGCAAUUCCUGAAGGUGUUCCCAGUGAUGCAAAAAACAAGGAUGGUGUACUGGUGGAUGAAUUUGGAUUGCCACAGAUCCCAGCUACAUAGAGCUAUGUCUUUAACACUAUGUUAUGUAUAAUAAACACACAUUAUGGAAAACUGGGAAAUAUUUCCAAUGUCACCGUAAUCAAUUUGCAUAUCUUUGUUCCUUUUCCUGAAAAAGUUUAGUACACUAAUGUUUUUCAUUUAGAGAACUGAUUCAUUUAAUAGGAACUUUCUUUAUGUAAGAUUUUAAAAUUCCUUCCAUCUUAAGGAAGAAAAACUUGUAAAAUAUUGGUGGUUGUAUAGGACUUCUGUUUUCAUUUAUUUAUAUUUUAUUUCUGAAAUUAUUAAAACCAAGGAUAUGUGAUUUCUUUAAAUUCUUUAAUUUCCUGAUAGCUUGAUAAAAGAAGUGAUGUAUUUAUAAGGCCUACUUCCUUAUCAAGAUUAUUAAACUAUUUUGGACCAUUCUUAUAAUUCUAAAAAUAGUUCAAAUAUAUAUACCAUUGUGAAAUCAGGCACUAAUUUAAAAUGUCUUUAAUUGAGAUGUAGGUUUUGUUGUGUCUUCACGUCAGUGAAUCAUCACUGUUUUCAAUAUUUACAUUGGCUUUCUUCCUAUGCUUUUUGUCUUAAACCUGGAUAAAGUUUUAAUUCUAAGGUUUCCUCAGUAUUAUAGUUGAGUUGUAAUCAUUAAUGAAAUUACAUCCUAACACUUAAAUGUAUUUAUACUCAAUAAAUAUUUUUAAAAAGGAUAUAAUAACA